AUGUUACUUUUAUUCCUUUUCUUGAUCCCUCUUUCAUUCGCUGCAUCGACCUCGGAUUGUUGUGAACAAAUCUGGAGUGAUUGGGUAGAUGUUGGAAGCCUUCAACCAACUGACGGUAAUGUGAUCUGUGGAAUGUGCUACACGCAAAAUCAAACGCGGCAAUGUUUAUCGCAGUCGAAUGGAUGCGAGUGCCAAGGCCCGUCGACACAAAUCGUUCACACAAGCGAAGACCUUUGUGUUUUUCCACGUGAAACGUGCUGUGACGGCUACUCGAAAAAAUUGGAUACAAAUAAAAAGAAAUACACGUGUCAACCAAACAUUGUUCCGUCUAGCACCGCAAAACCAGAUGCGUGCUCAACAGCCUCAUCAAAUAGUGCUCCAACUAAGCCGACAAUCACAGCCUCGAUUGCAGGAACAACAACAGCGCCGUGUGUUGACAGUGACACGAAAAAUUGUGCCGCUUGGGCGGCAAAUGGUUUCUGCACAAAUCCCAGCUACACAGAUGAGCAGAAAAAACAAUAUUGUGCUGCGAGUUGUAAUCUAUGCGAUGGAUGUAAAGAUGCUGAUACUAGCUGUCCAGCUUGGAAAUCAAAUGGCUUCUGUGAGAACGCUGGGUACACGGAUGAUCAAAAGAGAGAAUACUGUGCGAAGAGCUGUAAUUUGUGUGGCGAAACAUCGACGGGGGCACCCACUGCAAUUCCUUGUAUCGAUGCUUCGACAAGUUGUUCAAUGUGGGCGACAUCGACGACAAAGUACCCGGUGAUGGCUUGGAUUCAUGGUGGAGGACUCGUGGUUGACUGUGCGAGCAGCUAUUCUUAUCAGGGAGCCACAAGAAAUCUGGUCUCUCGAGGAGUGGUGAUCGUUGUGAUUCAAUAUCGACUCGGUCUCCCUGGAUUCUUCACCACAAACACCGCGGAUUUCCCCCCGAAUCGUGGACUCUUAGAUCAGUUGGAAGCUUUGAAAUGGAUUCAAAAGAACAUUGCCUCGUUUGGCGGUGAUCCGAAUUCGGUGACAAUUUUUGGAGAAUCCUCUGGAUCAUCGUCGGUGAACGCUCAAUUGUACUCCCCGUUGAGCAGAGGUUACUUUCAUCGAGCAAUCAUGGAAUCCGGUGCUCUCUACAUGCACACCGAUGGUCCAAUCGCGCACUCCAACUACAACGAGGAUUUAGCGAGUGAACUUUGCAAUACGAGCCUCACUGGGAACAUGGAUCUACUGAAAUCUUGCAUGAAUGCACUCAAGCCGUCGGAGUGGCUUUCCAUUGCGACUGAGGCUUGUCCAAUAAUUCGAGAUGAUUACUUCCUACCCAAAGACUCG